AUGGAGAUACUGAUGCGAGGAAGUGUUGUUUUUGAACUUCGGUGGAGAAGCACUGCACCCUUUAUUGGGAAAAUUAGAGGAUCACAUCUCUUGGGUAGAGCUGAGAUUCCAUGGAAAACUAUCUCCGAGACCCUGGAGAUGGAAAUUGAGAAAUGGGCAGUCAUGGUUCCAAAAAGUAGACGCGUAUAUGAAGAUAUCAAGCCACCUGCAGUGCAAGUAGCAAUGAAGCUUAAAGUUCCGACAGUAAAAGAGGCGAUGUCGGUGCCAGUGCCGGUGUUGAUGCCGAUGACGAUGAGGAAGAGGAGAAAUAAUCAAAGGGUGACAAAUUCAGAUGAGUGUGGAUGCAUGGACGUUGGGUGCAAUUGUGCAGAUUAUGAUAUGUUUGCACUAGGUGCAGCUUUGGAUGGCUUUUAG